AUGCCGUGGCAGCAGCUGGCGGCUGCCGAGUGGACGGCGCUGGCCUGGGAGCUGCUGGGCGCCUCGGUGCUGCUGAUCGCGGUGCGCUGGCUGGUGCGGCGGCUGGAGAAGCGGGGACUGGGCCGGAGCGGGCCCCCCGCCCCACCGCCCCGCGUCCCCCCGGCCCCAGCUCCCGACCCAGGUGAAAUGACAAUGGAUGCCAUCUUGGCUCGAUUGAAACUCCUGAAUCCAGAUGACCUUCGAGAAGAAAUUGUCAAAGCUGGAUUGAAAUGUGGACCCAUUACGUCAACCACAAGGUUCAUUUUUGAAAAAAAAUUGGCUCAGGCUUUAUUACAACAAGAAAGGGCCUUGACUUCCUCUCCUGACCAAGAUGUGGCAGGCAUUGCAGCUCUCAGCCAAGAAACACAAAGGGUUCUAAAAUGUGCUGUGGGGAAUGCAACUGAGCAGGCCAGUUUUUCUGAAGACAAAGAUUUUGGCUAUAGUGUGGGCUUGAAUCCUCCUGAGGAGGAGGCCAUAAUGCCUAACGCCUGCUCAGCAACUUCCAGUGCCCCGCUGGAGGUCGACACCCACGGAGCCGCUGUGGCCGCUGCUAAGGAGCCUCUUCUGUACUAUGGAGUGUGCCCAGUGUAUGAGGACAUCCCAGCGAAAAACGAAAGGAUUCAUGUUUAUGAGGAUAAAAAGGAAGCCUUGCAGGCCGUCAAAAUGAUCAAGGGAUCUCGAUUUAAAGCUUUUUCAAGCAGAGAAGAUGCUGAAAAAUUUGCUAGAGGAAUUUGUGAUUAUUUCCCUUCUCCGGGCAGAACCUCCUUACCACUUUCUCCUGUGAAAGUAGCCCCAGCCUUUAGCAAUGGUGAGUUAAAAGAUGGUUUAUACUUAUCAGAGUCGGAAACAGUCAACAAAGAGCGAGCCAAUAGUUACAAAAAUCCUCGUACGCAGGACCUCACAGCCAAACUGCGAAAAGCUGUGGAGAAGGGAGAAGCAGACACCUUUUCUGACCUUGUCUGGAGUAACCCCCGGUAUCUAAUUGGUUCAGGGGACAAUCCCACCAUUGUACAGGAAGGGUGUCGGUACAACGUCAUGCACGUUGCUGCCAAGGAGAACCAGGCUUCUCUCUGCCAGCUGACCUUGGAGACUCUGGAGAAUCCCGAGUUCAUGCGGCUCAUGUACCCGGAUGAUGACGAGAGCAUGCUGCGGAAGCGCAUCCGCUAUAUCCUUGACCUGUAUCUGAACACGCCCGACAAGAUGGGCUAUGACACACCCUUGCAUUUUGCUUGCAAGUUUGGAAAUGCAGAUGUGGUCAACGUCCUUUCUUCCCACCCUUUGACUGUAAAAAAUCCAAGGAAUAAAUAUGAUAAGACACCUGAAGAUGUAAUUUGUGAAAGAAGUAAAAGCAAAUCUCUGGAACUGAAGGAGCGAAUCAGAGAAUAUUUACAGGGUCACUACUACGUGCCGCUCCUGCGAGCAGAGGACACGUCUUCUCCAGUGAUUGGGGAGCUGUGGUCCUCAGACCAGACGGCUGAGGCGCCGCACACUGGCCGCUUCGGGGGUAGCCCCCGUGACCCUGUUCUGACCCUGAGAGCCUUCGCAGGGCCCUUGAGUCCGUCCAAGGCAGAAGAGUUCCGCAGACUUUGGAAAACUCCACCCCGGGAGAAAGCAGGUUUCUUCCACAAUGUCAGGAAAUCUGAUCCAGAAAGAGGGGUUGAAAGAGUGGGAAGGGAAUUAGCGCAUGAGCUGGGGUACCCCUGGGGUGAAUACUGGGACUUCCUGGGCUGUUUUGUUGAUCUGUCUUCCCAAGAGGGCCUGCAGAAACUGGAAGAAUAUCUCAUUCAGCAAGAAAUGGGCAAAAAGAACCAACAAGAACCGGGAGAAAAUGAAGCCCAUUUCCAAGACAAAGUCUCUGCUUCUGGCGGUGGUAAAAAGUGCAGCAACUCCAUUUCUGUGAGGGCAUUUCUAGAUGAAGAUGAGGACAUGAGCUUGGAAGAAAUUAAGAAUUGGCAAAAUGCAGCUCGGAAUGCCAGCCAGCCCCCCGUUGGGGCCUUUGGAGACUCGGGACGCGACAUUCUCCCUGUGGGGCAGGACGCACACCUCACAGACAGCUCAGAUGCAAGCGACAUGCACGAUGGCAGAAACGGGUUCCGCAGUCCUCUGAGUCAGGCUAGGCCCCAAAGGGGGAAGAGGCCGAGGCCCCACUCUAGGGAGGGCUCCCUUCUGUCGCCUGUCUCCAGCUUAAUGGUUGAGUUUGACAAACUAAAUCUGCAAGCUCUGGGAAGUAGCUUUUGUAAGACACCAAAUAACAUAGAAACUAAAGAUAAGAUAAUCCUGACUUCAAGAAUGGACUCAGUGGGAAGUGAUUUGUUAGAACCUGUUUCUGCUGCAGAAAAAACCGGGAAUAACCAGAUAAGGACAGAAAACGAAAUAUCAGCCGAAAUUGCUAAAGUGUCGCUGGAUCCUGACAGUCCCAGGCAUGAGACCCCACACAGCCAAGACCCUGAGCUCCUGUCUGCACUGGCCUCUCCUCCAUCCCCAGAGGUGGCGACAAGGCUCUUCCUGCUUGGAGAAGAACCAUCGAAACUGGACCGGGACGUGCUGGCUGCCCUAGAGCAUGCGGACAUCGACCCUCAUCGAUACCCGGCUGUCCUCAGGUGGAAGGGCGCCGUGCUGGCCUACUCACCAUCAGACAGACAGAGUUGGCCGAGCCCAGCAUUGAAAGGAAAGUUCAAGUCUCAGCGGCCAGUUCUUGGUUCUGCCCACAGCUGCAGCUCAGGAAUAUAUGGGUCUGCUGCCGGCAGCCCUGCGAAACCCAGCGUCUCCCCACACUUGCCCGGCAUGGGCAGCCCCGGGCGGUACAGCCCCGUGCACGGGAGCCACCUCCGCAGGAUGGCUCGCCUGGCUGAGCUGGCAGCCCUGUAAGAUCAGGCGCUCUGCAUGCGAGAAAGAGAAGGGCAGUCUGUUUAUCGCUAAAUAAGACAAAAAUAUUCUGAUUAAUUUAUUGAUCCUCAUUUUGAGGGUAAAAGAAUUUCAGAAAAUAAAAUGUUAUUCUGUGUUCAGUUUAGAGCUCUGAAAUUUUGGGAGAAGUUGAAAUCAGAUACCAACUUCCUGGAAGAUGUCACUGUGGUGAUGACAGACGUUCUAGUAAUUCCUAGUUUUCAACAGAGACGGGGGCUGAUGCAGCCUUCCCGAGAAUGUUCUGAGCUGUUGUACGUGGUAGAGAAAUCCUGUCUUGGUUUGCCAACUGAUCCCAGCUGGUUAGACAAAUCAAGACUGGACACGAAGAAGUAAACAGGAGCCUUGAAUGUAUCUUAGGCGUGCACGAACGAUGUUUACAGUGUAGGUCAUUAAAAACAUCUAAAUUAUUGAAGAUAAACUCUUAGUUUCUCUCCUGAAGAAAUCUUCUAGCCAUGGACAGAUUGUCCGACAGAAGUCUGCAGCAAUAGUUGAAGAUGUUUCGUUCCCACCAGCACCUGAGCCCCCGUUCCCUUGCUUUGGUUGCCAGUGUGGCGGUAUUAAAGUAGCCUGUAACUGUUCCCCGGUUUUAAAAUUUAUUCUGAGGAUCCCCUGAAGGCAAAAGAAGAGGCGUUUUUACCGGGGUUUGUCACCGUUGUAACCUUUCCCCUCGGUGAUCUUCUGGAAGGCCUGUCGCACAGGGUGCUUGAAGGGCAGGAGGUGCGAGGGAGCAGUUACGCCCCAAAACUGGCUCUCCCCCUGGGUGCGGUCAGGUGGCUGCUCUUAUACACCGUUCUCGUGAACGUUUUCAGUGUUCGAUUCAAAAUUACCAACGGAACCAGUGCUUUUGUAACUUCAGUGCCUUUUGUAAAUCAUUUUAAUUUUUCUGAACUUGCUUUUUGAGAGUAUACAGUGAUACUAAGUAGGCAUAAGUGAGAUUCUUUUUCCUUUGUAAAAAUUCUUAAUUGAAAUUUAUGUAGAAAAGCGUAUUUCUCUCACAAGAUACCAAAAGACAGGUCAUGAACACUGGAAUCAAAAUGUGGAUUUUAAGAUCCAAAAGGUUGUUGCACAGGGUUUUUUCAUUUGUUGUGUAACAGUUGAGAUAUAAGACAAAAACAGUAUAGUCUAUUCCUAAAAACAAUGGCAUUUGAAAAAGUCACCUUUGUUCCAAAAGAAAUCAGAAUACAGAUAAUUGUAUCCACAGUGAUGAUCUGUUUGCUUUGAAGUCUGACCGCACUGUCCUGUGUACUACUGUAAAUAUUUAGAUGGUCAUUAAAAGUGUUUUUGCCUUAAUUUCUCA